AUGUGGCUGUCUCAUAAACCUACCUAUCUAUCUAUCUAUCUAUCUAUCUAUCUAUCUAUCUAUCUGUCUGUCUGUCUGUCUGUCUAUCUAUCUAUCUAUCUAUCUAUCUCUCCCUCUCUCUCUCUCUCUCUAUAUAUAUAUAUAUAUGUGUGUUUUGUGUCCUCGUUCUUUCUUCUUUCUUUAAUCUUCAUUUUCUUUCAAUUAGACUUUCACAGAUCGUUUUGUCUUUUGUACUGUUUGUUCUUUCUUUUGGACAUUAAUUCUCUUUUAUUUUUUCUCCUUUCGUCAAUUUUCUUUUCAUUUCUACGCCAUGUUUACAUUUCUCCUCUGUUUUUCCUCGUUUCUCUCUUAUUUUUCUUCUUUCUUUCUCCUUUCUUUUGUUUUCUUUCUUAUUUCCCUUCUGACUUAUUUGUUUCUACUUCUCUUUCUUUCUUUCCUUCUUUCUUUCUUUUUUAUGCCUUCAUUUCUUUCUUUCUUUCUCUUUUCUUUGUUUUGUCUCUCUCACCUUUUCUUUCUUUCUUCUUUGUUUUGGGUUUUCCCCUUUCUUUCUUUCUUUCUUUCUUUCUUUCUUUCUUUCUUUCUUUCUUUCUUUGGGACACCUAUCUCCCAACUACGUAUCUAGACUGGAUACUCCUUCUAUCAUCCAAUGUUAUAUUUCUUUGGUUUGUUGUUCUCUUUCUUUCUUUCUUUCUUUCUUUCUUUCUUUCAUUCUUUCUUUAUUUAUUUCCUUCUUUCUUUCUCCUGUGUUUUACUGAAUUCCAACGUUAUACUUCUUUGGUUUCUCGUUCCUUCCUUCUCCUUUGUUUUGGCUUUUUCACUCUUUCUUUCUUUCUUUCUUUCUUUCUUUCUUUCUUUGGAACUCAGAUGACCCAACUGCAUUUCUAG